AUGGCCCCAAAGACCCCCAAGAACAUCCGCCCACUCAACCGGUACAUCACCACCCACAAUGCCGACGGCCAAGCCAUCUUCUCCAGCGCCCUCUCCGAGGAAAUGCCCGUCCAGGGAAUCCCAGACGGCGCAGACUUCAGUCUCGCCUAUACCUCCGACCACUUCCCCGCACAACUGAACAACGAUACCGACCCCCCCGGCAUCACAAUUUCCACCGGCACCGUCUGCCGCAUCGUGGACAUGCAGCCCGGCUCGUUGAGUCCUAUGCACCGCACCGUUUCGCUGGAUUAUGGCGUCGUGCUGGAGGGUGAAGUCGAGCUUGUUCUGGAUUCGGGCGAGACGAGACUGCUUAAGCGUGGUGAUGUUGCUGUUCAGCGUGGUACCAACCAUGCCUGGCGCAAUGUUACUCCUGACGUUGUGGACCCCAUUACGAAGGAGGUUACCCCGCAGUGGGCGCGCAUGUUGUACGUUCUUGCUCCUUCCCAGCCUAUGGAGAUUGGGGGGAAGAGUCUGGGUGAGGUUGUUGAUGGUAUUGGUGUUCGGGCUAGCACUUAG